AGUAAGUUGUAACUUAGUAUUACUUGUGAUUUCAUUUACAAUUUUACAGAUUGAAAUGGCUAGUUCUACUGCUGCAGCAUCUAACACGUCCAGAAAGAGGGCAAGAAAAUCAACACCUUCAUCUCGAAGGGUGUGGACUCCAGAAGAGGAACUUACUCUUGUAGAUGGAUUAAAAGAAUUGUGUGUUAAUGGUUGGAGAGGAGAUAAUGGAACCUUUAGACAUGGAUAUUUAAUGGAAUUGGAACACUACAUGAAUGCUCGUCAUCCUAACUGUGGAUUGAAAUCUCUACCACAUGUUGAUUCUAAAAUAAGAGCAUGGAAAAAGAGUUAUGCAACAAUAUCGUUGCUAAAGAGUCGAAGUGGUUUAGGAUUUCAAUAUAGUGAUGGAAGUAUCUUAGUUGAUGAUCCUAAAGCUUGGGAUGACUUGAUAAAGGUUGAUCCAAAUGCCAAGUCAAUGAACUUAAAAAAAAUGUCCAUUAUUUGCUGACUGGGAAGAGAUAUUUGGCAAGGAUAGAGCUACUGGAGAGUUUGCAGAAGGGCCAAAAGAUGUUGUUGAAACAAUAGAAAGAAUUGAAGCUCAAGAAAUUACUGAUGGCACGUCUGUGGGAUUUCCUAUUGAUGUUGUCGACGUAGAUGAUGCUUCAGGCACAAGAGAAGAUCAAGCUGCUCAAGAGGAACCUAAUGUAUCACCUGGAGCAAUACAAAGUCCAUUUACUGCUCAAGAUGAACCUAAUGAAUCAACUGGAGCAGCACAAAGUUCAUUCACAACUCAAAAAGGUGAAACCCAUCAAUCUCAAAAACAAGGUAGUAGUUUUAAAGCAUCAUCUUCUAAAGUCAACGAAAAAAGUAGAUGCAAAAAAAGAAAAACAACUGAAGAUGAUAAUGAGACUGUUCUUAAAGGUUUGAUGGAGGUAAUGAAACAAUUCACUGAAAGCCAUAACAAAAGGAUGGCUUCUUUAAUUGACAAGCUAGGAGAGCGUGAUCUAUCUGAGAUUCGUGGUAAGAUAUUUUCUAUUAUCGGAUCCCCUGC